AUGAUAGCUCUCUGGAGAGAAUUGCAGACAAGUAAGCCAACUAUUCUAUUUCUCUCCUGUCCUGUCUCCCUCUCCGCACAUACUGACGCUUCGUUGCUCCUGUUCAGGACCCUUAAACAUGUUGCACAGUACUCUCCUUUGCUCCCAGAGCCCAUUAAGCGCAGCGUUGCUCAGGUACCUCCCCAGCAAUCCAUCAAGCAACGGUUCAGUCCCGAGCAGCUCCCACUUUCCGAACUCCCCCUCCUCCUUAACAAGCAGAUGACCCUCGAUGUGCCAGUUUAUACCGUGUGGGGCGCCUGUGAGGAUGUCCGUGUGCUGGAAAAGUUCCGCUCUGGCGAGUACAAGGUCGACAAGCUACACAUUAUCGAUGAGGCCAAUUCGAGACUACUAGAUAUCGGCGGGGUCAAGCUUCGUCUGCUUGGCCUCGGAGGCGCAAUUGUUAUGCACAAGCUCUUUGACAACGGUGAGGGCAAGACGACCAUUGCCGGUGGCCAGGGUACCAUGUGGACCACGCUGCUGCAGAUGGGCGAGCUAGUUGAUACUGCCAACCGUGUCUACGACCCUGCAGAGACCCGUAUUUUCGUCACUCAUGCAUCCCCUGCCAGAGAGGGCAUGCUGAACCAGCUCUCCGUCACCCUCAAAGCCGAUUUCUCCAUCUCUGCCGGCCUGCACUUCAGAUACGGAAGCUCCUACAACGAAUUCAGCGUCAACCCGACCCUCGACCAUUACCGCGGUAAACUGGCUGCCUCCAAGGCCUCCUUCAACGAUGUCUGGGAUACAGUCCGCGGUGAAGUUGAGUCCGCCAUAAAUGCAAAUGAAGCCCAAAAGACUCUGCUGGACAACGCCCUGGACAUUGUCCAGAAGAUGCCUAGCAUUGCUAACGGAGGUAACCCAUUCGGCGGACCAGUAACAGCAAGCAACGCAGGCGGCCAAGUGGAUGAGAGUGCCUUCAAGAAUCUGUGGAACUUCAACCUGGCCGACGCUGCGUUUGGAUACCUGGUCCUCGAUAUCGAGGGCGGCCGAAUCGGUACCGAGAUGCGCGCCCAGGGCUUCAACUUCUCUCACCGAGGCGGCAAACCUACUACUACCAGUGCUCCCCAGACCGGUGCUGCUCCUCCAGCGCUCGCCAACCCUUCUGGUGCUGCAGGAGGCACAUCCGGAGGGCCAGGAGGACCUCCACAUACCCGAGUAGCGCCACCGCAAUUUGGGCAGAUACCGGCCCAACCAUCACGGAACACCGGCAACCAGUAUCCUCCCCAGGUCUCUUCCACACAAACCCCCAACCAAGGUAAACAACACCCGCCUCUGCCACCUAAGUCUACCGCCUCUCCUGCUCCAAUUGGUGCCAACAAGGAGAAACCAGCAACCCCCAAGCCAGUAACUCCUCUCGCCGGAACUCCUGCACCCCAACAGCAACAGCAGCAACAACAACAACAAGCUCCAUCUGCCGGGGACUCUGCAUCCGAAGCCAACGGCUCUGCCCAGCAGCCAGGACAAGCAGACUCAAAAUCGGCUAGCUCCACGGACAAAAAACUAACCUGCGGCCUCUUCAUCUCCAACGUAGACACUGAGGAGGCAGUUCGACAAUUAUGGCCUGAAGAAGACCGAGCGAAGAUCGUCAAGAUCGAGAAAUGGGGCAAAUUCAACUUUGUAGUCACCUUUGCUACACCAGAAGACUCCAAGCUUGCUCUCGAGAGACAGCCACUGGAGCACAAGAAACCCAGCCCUGCUGGACCUAACCGAAAGCCCAAUGUCAAGGUCUUCGAAGACCGGGCUUCACACCGUUCCUCCAACCGCGAUGGCCAGGGAAAUGCCGGUACAUGGCAGGCCAGCAGCCGCGGUGGCUCGUCAGCAAACACUCGCAGCGGUUACCAGAGCGGAAGCGCAGCCAGUGACGGCGAGGGCGGUAGAGGAGGCCGAGGAGGAUUCGGAGGACGUGGAAGAGGCGGACGUGGUGGCGAGCGAGGCGGAAGAGGUAGUGGCCGUGGUGGACGAGGCAUGGGAUACAAGGGAGCAGCUGGCGAAUCGAGCUCUCCUGCAUCUACUCCAGCCCCUGCGGGAGACAAGCCCACUCCUUCGGCUACCGAGUCAUGA